AUGAAAGUGAAGCUGGCUUGGCACCUGGUCGGGGGCCUUCUCUCGGCUGCCCUUUUCGGGGCUGUAUGCUCUCCAGAAAGACGCUUGACCCUAUGUCUCCACGUGUACGUUCCGUGUGCGAACUACAUGCCCUGGGCCAAAGAGGCCUGGAUGCAAAUGCUGGAGAGCUACUUCCAUUUCGAGAGAUGGUUAAGCCCCUCCCAGUUUGAGGAGACCUACGAACUCCCGGAGAUCAAGGCUGAAGAGUACAGUGUGGAGAAGCUGCGGAGGCUGUCAGAAGACGGGAGGCUCCCAGUGGUUAUCCGAGGUCUUGUCCGAGAGGCCUCUGCCUGCCAAGAGGCUGGACAACCCGAGUGGGUCCGGCGCUAUGGUAACUUCACAGUCAUGGCCAUGACCUUGGGGAAGGGUCUGCACUACAAUGACAGUGAGGUGAAGGUCAGCGAGGACACCAACUUCUCGGAGUAUGUGGCAGGCCUCCAGCGAGGCGAAACGAGAAGAUAUGAUGCUGGGAUGGACACAAUGCUCAGCCAGUUCCCCGAGAUCUUUCCAUCGCUAGGCCUCGAUGCGCUUCAGCUUGGCACCGGCUGUCGAUCUCUUUCUUUGCUGGUGAACGGUCCGGGCGAGGGCCUUAAGUGGCACAUGGCAAACCACCCAAACUUGGUGAGCGUCUAUCACGGGACGAAAGUCUGGGAAUUGAUCAACUACCGCUUCUCCAUCUUCUUGGGGCCGACAAUCCCGGGAGGCAUUGGAUCCUGGGGAUAUCUGCCCGCCAACCACGAAACGAUCGAUCGUAUCUACCCCUUCCUUCCCAAAGCUUUGGUAAAAUUGAAAGCUGGUGAUUCGCUGUUCAACCCGCCAUGGUCCUGGCACCGGGUUAGCAACGAGGGGGACGCAAAAACAAAUCUCGUUGUCAUGUCUGCCUGCCGCUGGUCUGAUGUCCGAACCACGAUUCGCUUAUCCUCAGCGCUGGAGCUCUACAAGAGCUUGGGAUGGCCAGCCUGGGUUCAUCCAAGCCUACCCCUCUGGGUUCGCUGGGUCCCUCUCUUCCGCAUUCUUCAAGACGGCGUAAGGGAAAUCAUGGGCUCCAUUCCGUCCUUCGGUGAGACCGGCUAUGACACCGACUGCUUCAGUAGCAAGCGUGAGGCAUGUGCUGAAGUCAUAAAAUCCCAUGGCUUCAAACACUGA